AUGGCAAAACUCAGCAUUUAUUUUCUUCUUCUCUUAUCUUCCCAUUACAUGCUUGUCAUAGCAAACUCUGAUCCCACAAACUUCAUCAAGACCUCAUGCAGAGCCACUCUGUACCCCGCCUUGUGCAUCCAGUGCCUCUCAACUUACGCAAGUACAAUCCGACAAAGCGAGCUCCAACUAGCACAAGUUGCCUUGGCUGUAAGCCUAUCACGAGCUCGAUCCGCCUCGAAUUUCAUUUCCAAGUUGGCUAAGAGGCGGGGCAGAAAACAGAGGGGAUAUCAAGCAACCAAAGAUUGCAUAGAAAUUAUGGGAGACACGGUCUAUCAACUAAACCGUUCAAUUAAGGAACUAGGGCGGAUGCGGCGCCGUUUCACGGGCCAGGAUUUUGCGUGGCAUGUUAGUAAUGUGCAAACAUGGGUUAGCGCCGCUCUAACGAACGAGAACACUUGCCUCGACGGAUUUUCGGGGCCAGCCAUGAAUGGAAAUGCAAAGGCUGCAAUAAGGAAAAGGGUACUAAAUGUUGCACAAGUUACUAGUAAUGCACUUGCUUUGGUUAAUCGGUUUGCAGAUAGACACAGAGGUGAAGAAACCACAAAUUUGCCUUGA